AUGAACAACACUGCUAAGUGCCAUGAUGAUCACACCCUGGAUAAGUAUUUGUUUCCAUUUGUGUACAGCAUUGUGAUAGUCAUCAGUAUUCCCAUCAACUGCAUAUCCCUCUAUGUGUCUUGCAUUCAAGUGAGGAAAAAGAAUGAGUUAGCAGUCUACCUCUUCAGUCUGUCGCUGGCUGACCUUUUGUACUCUGUGAUUCUGCCUCUGUGGAUUGAUUAUGCCUGGAAUGGAGAUAACUGGAGGCUCUCUGCCACGCUUUGUCAAAUUUCUGCCUUCCUUAUGUAUAUGAAUUUCUACACUAGCACCGCAUUCCUUGCUUGCAUCUCUGUCGACAGGUACCUGGCAUUAGUUCACCCCUUGAAGCUCCAGCACUUGCGCACAAGAAGAUUUUCACUGAUUGUCAGCAUAAUUGUUUGGCUUCUGGAAGGCAUCUUGAAUUCUGUCAUACUGAUGAACAACGACGUGUUCAGUGAUCCUUGCAAUUCCACUAAUCAUACAUUAUGUUAUGAUAAAUACCCCCUGGAACUGUGGCAGGCACAGAUAAAUUUACUCCGGAUAUGCUCAGGGUACCUGGUUCCUUUGAUAAUCAUUGUGUUUUGCUAUCAUAAAAUCUACCAAGCAGUGAGGUGUAAUCAAGCCACAGUAGAUGAAGAAAAGAAAAAAAUCAGGAAACUUAUACUGAAUAUCACAGUUACUUUCAUUCUUUGCUUCACGCCUUAUCAUGUUGUAUUGUUUAUUCGUAGCAUCAAGGAACCGUACUCCACUAACCCCCAGUUUUUGCAGUUGAUGUAUAAGAUCUACAGAAUCACACAAGCCUUAACAAGUUUGAAUUGCAUUGCCGAUCCGAUUCUUUACUGCUUUGUGAGUGAAACUGCACAAACAGACAUUCUGAAUUUGCUCAGGUGUUGCUUAUACCUACGAAAGCCUGAGGGAAACCAAGUGGAAGAACAUACUCUGUGCAGUUCUACUACAAAGAGCAAUAUCACCUACAGAACUUGCUGUGAAACGGAGACUCUCUCAAAAACGGCUGCAAGAGCAUAG